CAUUCCAGUCCAGCAAGAGCCUACAGAGCAGGAGCGUGACACACACUCUCCCUCUCCCUCUCCCUCCAACACACACACACAUACACACACUCUCCCUCUCCCUCCAACACACACACACAUACACACUUGAAGAGGCCAGUGAGUUGGAUCGCUGCUGAAGAUGAAGCCGGUUCUGUUUGUGGUUCUGUUUGUGGUUCUGCUGGGACUGAGUUUGGAUCUAGCGGCAGCACAACAGCAGGCUCUCAUGGAUUACCUGGAGAGAAGGUUACAAGCCAUAGAGGACCGCAUCUCUCUGUGGCACGAGCAGACGACGCGCUACGCUGCGGAGCUGCGUGAGGUCAAGCAGCAGAUGGUGUCCCAGCUGGAGGUGCUGGACAAGAGGGGGGAGGGUCUGCGCUCGGAGCUGGACGGGCUGGGCUCGCGCGUGGGCCGCGUGGAGCGCGAGAUGGACUACCUGGACACGCAGAAGGAGACGCAGCCCUGUGUGGACGUGGACGAGAGGCUUGUGGAGCAGCAGGUCACCGUCGCCCGGGAGAGGACCAAGCUCAAGUACGCCAAGCUCUCAGGCUGUAAGGACGUGAUGGCCAGUGUGAAGGGGAUGAAGGUUCUGAAGCGUCUGGGCGGCUCUGCGGGCAUGUGGACCAAAGACAUGACCUCUGGUGUGGGGGGGGUCUACGUGUUCAACGGCUCGUCCUCUGACACACUCCACCAGUUCAGCUCCGUCCGUGACUUCACUUCCUCCCAGGGCACCGCCCUCGCCACGCCCCUCAAGCUCCCCGGCCAAUGGAGCGGCACAGGCCACGCUGUCUACCAAGGCCACGCCUACUACAUGGAGGACUCGGCCGAGCUGCGUCUACUGAAGGUGUCACUGACCGACGGCGCGCUGGCCGACAGCUCCGUGCUCCCGCUACCGGACCUGGUCCCUGCGUACGCGCUGACGCCGGACACCUACGUGGACCUGGCGGUGGACGAGGAGGGGCUGUGGGCCAUCUACGCCACGCGGGAGAGCCAGCGGCACCUGAGUCUGGCCAAGAUGGACGCCGGCACGCUGGCGGUCAUGCAGCUCUGGACCACGCCCUGCCCGAGGGAGAAUGCGGAGGCGGCGUUCGUGGUGUGCGGCGCGCUUCACGUGGUCUACAACAGUCGCCUGCCCGGCCGCUCCCGCGUCCAGUGCGUGUACGACGUGGGCGACCUGCAGCCGGCCGACGAGGCGCCGCUCGCCUACUUCCCCCGCCGCCAGGGGGCGCACUCGAGCAUGAAGUACAGCCCCCACGAGAAGCUGCUGUACGCCUGGGACCAGGGCUACCAGAUCCUCUACAAGCUCACCAUGAAGAACAAGCUGGAGGUGUAAUACACACACACACACACACACACACACACACACACACACACACACACACACACACACGCACACACACACACACACACACACACACACACAGGGCUACCAGAUCCUCUACAAGCUCACCAUGAAGAACAAGCUGGAGGUGUAAUACACACACACACACACACACACACACACACACACACAGGGCUACCAGAUCCUCUACAAGCUCACCAUGAAGAACAAGCUGGAGGUGUAAUACACACACACACACACACACACACACACACACCACACACACACACACACACACAGGGCUACCAGAUCCUCUACAAGCUCACCAUGAAGAACAAGCUGGAGGUGUAAUACACACACACACGCACACACACACACACACACACACACACACACAGGGCUACCAGAUCCUUUACAAGCUCACCAUGAAGAACAAGCUGGAGGUGUAAUACACACACACACACACACACACACACACACAUACAUACUCACACACAUACUCACACACACAUACUCACACACAUACUCACACACACACACUCACACACACACACAGGAAUACUAGAGCGUGCAUUAGAAAAGAGAUGACCCAAGCGCUGUAGACGUACAUUAGGAUCAUGUCACAACACCUGGAGCAAAGACUGCUGUACUCAAACACAUUCUCUGGUUCCUACUGGUACUUCAUAAUAAAACGUAGAAAAGA